AUGCCUACUCCAGACGUGAGCACAAUUUUCGAUUCUUCUUUCGCCUCUUUAAUGUCUCGUCUUCUUACGCAUCCUCUCGAUACUCUACGAGUCCGUACGCAAGCCUCUCCUUCAUCAAUCCCUAUGAGGCAAAUCAUCAGGCACACGAGAAUUAAAGAGCUUUACAAUGGAUUAGGAUUCGCAGCAAUGUUUAAUAUUCCCGCAUUGUCGACAUAUUUGUUUAUUUAUGAUUAUACCAAAGCUAUGCUAGAUAAUCAUGGGAGCAAAACGAGCGAAAUUAAUAAUAAUACCACUAGUGCUAAUAUAAGCAAUAUAUCUUCUUAUCAUCUGCUUUCGAGAAACUCUUUUGUAAACCAUACAAUAUCUGCAGUACUAGCAGAAGUGGUAAGCGGUUUGUUCUGGACUCCGAUGGAAGUCGUAAAGAGCAGAACGCAAGUCGGAGAUGGAAUGUGGCUCUCAACAAAAUACCCCAAUUCACCCACAUCCGCUUCACCAACCCGACCUUUACCCCUUAUAAAAACCAUUCUCUUGCGUGAAGGCAUCCGUGGCAUGUUUCGUGGGUAUUGGAUUAGCUUAUUCGUUUUUGUACCACAUUCGGUGAUUUAUUUUGUCAUGUAUGAAAAGUGUAAACAAGUUGCGGGAAUGUGGUGGGCGGAUAAAGCGAAAGAGGAAAGAAAGGAUAGGGUAAGAAAGGUGCGAAAAGAAGGUAUUGGGACGAAUGAUAGUAAUGACAAGAAUAAUACCGCGGGUAAAACCGCGGGUAAAAGUGUUGAUUGGUUACAAAAGACAGCUAUAUCCGGCCCGUCUUUAGACGCAAAAGUUUCUUCCCCACCAUCAUCAGCAACAACGGAUACAGUAUCUUUAUCACUGUCAUCUCAUACGUCGACCCUUCCAUUCCAAGCCUAUAUUAUAUCCUCGGCAAUAUCCACUAGCACAGCAGCUUGCUUGACUAAUAUUCUAGACCUCAUCAAAACGCGGUACCAAACCGCGCACCAGUUACAAUGCAGUCCACACAAUGCAUCACCGUCAACUCUGCAUUUGAAUUCGACGGUAAACAUAACAUCGUUUUCACCAUAUCGGCUGUUUCUCUACAUGUACAGACAUGAAGGUGGCCCAAAAGUGUUUGUAAGAGGUAUGGGUGUGAGAAUCAUGUGGAUGGUUCCAGCCGCUGCUGUUUCAAUGACGAUGUAUGAGAUUCUGAAACAGAGGAGAGAAGGAAAGGAGAUGAGAUAA